AUGCCGUCCCUUGAAGAGCCCAAGAACGAAGCCCGACUGCUCCUAGUCUCGAACCGCUUGCCGAUCACCAUCAAACGAUCAGAAGAUGGCAAGUAUGAUUUCUCCAUGUCGUCUGGAGGUCUGGUCAGCGGGUUAAGUGGUCUCUCCAAAUCUACAACCUUCCAGUGGUACGGAUGGCCCGGAUUAGAGGUGCCCGAAGCGGAGAUCCCGGAGGUGAAGGAGCGCUUGAAGGCGGAAUACGGUGCGGUGCCUGUCUUUAUCGACGAUGAGCUUGCCGACCGACACUACAAUGGUUUUUCCAACUCCAUCCUCUGGCCGCUGUUCCACUACCAUCCCGGUGAGAUCACCUUCGACGAGUCCGCCUGGGAGGCAUACAAGGAAGCGAAUCGCCUGUUCGCCAAGGCGAUUUCCAAAGAAGUCAAGGAUGGCGACUUGAUUUGGGUGCAUGACUACCACCUCAUGCUGCUACCGGAGAUGCUGCGCGAGGAGAUUGGCGAUAGCAAGAAGAACGUGAAGAUCGGCUUCUUCCUGCAUACCCCGUUCCCCAGUAGCGAGAUCUACCGAAUUUUGCCCGUCCGAAACGAGCUACUCUUGGGUGUGUUGCAUUGCGACCUAAUUGGUUUCCAUACAUAUGAUUACACCCGGCACUUCCUGAGCAGUUGCUCGCGCUUGUUAGGCCUUGCGACGACACCGAAUGGUAUCGAGUUCCAAGGCAAGAUUAUUACCUGCGGAGCUUUCCCCAUUGGAAUCGAUCCAGAGAAGUUCAAGGAGGGUCUGAAGAAGGAGAAGGUCCAAAAGCGUAUUGCCAUGCUGGAGCAGAAAUUCCAGGGCGUCAAACUGAUGGUCGGUGUCGAUCGCCUGGACUACAUCAAGGGCGUACCUCAAAAGCUGCAUGCGCUGGAGGUCUUCCUCAGUGACCACCCGGAGUGGGUUGGAAAGGUCGUCCUGGUACAGGUUGCCGUCCCUAGUCGCCAGGAUGUCGAAGAAUACCAGAACCUGCGGGCUGUGGUGAACGAAUUGGUUGGUCGAAUCAACGGCAAAUUUGGCACGGUUGAAUUCCAGCCGAUUCAUUUCCUGCACAAGUCCGUCAACUUUGAUGAACUCAUCGCCCUUUAUGCCGUGUCGGAUGCUUGCAUUGUGUCUUCAACCCGUGAUGGCAUGAACCUCGUCGCCUAUGAGUACAUUGCUACCCAGCAGAAGCGCCACGGUGUCUUGGUGCUGUCCGAGUUCGCUGGCGCUGCCCAGAGUCUGAACGGCAGUAUCAUCGUUAACCCUUGGAACACGGAAGAGUUGGCCGGCGCCUACCAAGAAGCUGUUACUAUGAGUGACGAACAGCGUGCUCUCAAUUUCACCAAACUGGACAAAUACGUGUCCAAGUACACCAGUGCAUUCUGGGGCCAGUCCUUCGUCACCGAGCUCAAUCGGAUAUCAGCUCACUCUGCCGAUAAGUUCCAAGCAAAGAAACUCGCUGUUGCCAACAGCGUCGCCAGUGAUAGCGAUGUCCCCGAGCCCACAGAAGUCGAAUAG